CUAUUUUCUACGAAGUGCAAAAACGUAUGUGGCGCAACACUUUAGCAACACUAUCCAGGAAUGUUUAAUCCUUCCUCCUGAAAUUAAUAUUCUUAGCCUCACAAGUAGAGCAGUAGAGCAAAAUCAGCGCGCCAUUAAGAGUUGGCGCACUGACUUACUUUUUUCUGCUCGCGUAAGCACUUCUCUAGUUUCCUGGCUCCACUGCAGGUUGGUCAAAUGAAGCAUUUGAAAUAGCAGUCUCAGAUUUUUCGUUUUAAUCUUCUCUCUUCACAAGUAAUGCGUGUAUUGUUGUGGAGUUAUUUGGCCUCAAUACUCGAACGAAGACACAAAAGGGGGUACCAAAACCACUACAAUGACAAGGCACACGCUAGAUCCAGCAAAUAAAGCGUUACGGUAAAUGUGUGAAAAUCAGAUAAAAUAUUGGAAACUUCCCCAGUUACGGACACGUGACUCUGGGAGAGAAAUGAGAUCGCGUGUAUUGCGUACAUGUCCCUCCGCCAUCAAUGAGAAAUCUCAUUAAUGUAGCAUUGCGCAUUUUUAUCUAGUCAAAGCUUCAAAUAUUUUAUUGCAACGCCUUUUCUGGAUUUUUGAAUAACAAAUAAAUUUGAGAUACAUCCUUUUCACAACUACGCCCGAAAACGUCAUGGUUAGAGGCACUACUUUUGGUGGAGGAAUACACAGACCGAACAUAACCUUUUUCUAUGGGAAGCCAUGAUGGAAGUUGGAGAGUUAGCAGCCAGGGGAGAAACAAGAAAAGGAAAGGGGUGCCUCGAAAUGCAGAGAAUGAUAUCCGAGUAGAAAACCGAGUAGAUUUCAUCAUCAAGGUGGAGGCUGUCACAUCAUCCCCGAGGAUUUUGGAUUUUUCAACACGUGGAUAUUCCAAGCGGCAAUAUUUUAAUGUUGAUUAUUUGUAUUUAAAGAAGAUCCUUGCUAGCCAAACCAUGGAGCUAGCCAGCUAACCAGCCGCUAUCCAGAGCCCACAGUACGUGUGUGCAAGAUAGCAAGUCGUCUGUCAGUUCUGGUUGAGGACCGUCGGAGAGGAUUCUCUCUCCGCCUUUGCAGCUCAAUCACGGCGGCUGCGGCGGUCCCAGAGACUUGGCGUGGAUUCAGAUUAUUGCGGUGCGAGACUUGGAGGAUUGUCUACCUUUUCACUUGGAGGAUUGCAAGCCAGUUUGCGGGAUCUUGGAAGCCGGGCCUGCGGUGGCCCUCCUUUAUGAGCAACCAGCAGCCGAAGCCAUUCUAGCUAGCACUAAUAGCCCUGACCGUCAGUUAGCUAACAAGAGCUAACAUAACCAUUGGCUCCAAGGGGACUGCGAAAUCAAGCAACCAAAAGGGAGCAACGGUAUUUUAAAUAUAUUUAAAACACUUCGUUGUAAACUGGCAAACCCAAGGACAUCGGUCGCAGCCAUGACUGGGAUACUAAAGGAGUUUGUUAGUAGAAACAAGAGAAGAUACCAGGAAGAUGGAUUUGACUUGGACUUGACCUAUAUUUAUCCCAACAUAAUCGCUAUGGGCUUUCCGGCCCAGAGAAUCGAGGGGGUCUACAGAAACAACAUAGACGACGUUGUACGGUUUCUAGACUCCAAGCAUAAAAAUCAUUAUAAAAUCUAUAAUCUAUGCGCUGAAAGAAAUUAUGAUGCUUCCAAAUUUAAUUGUCGAGUGGCCCAGUACCCGUUUGAGGACCACAACCCCCCGCAGCUGGAGCUGAUCAAGCCCUUCUGCGAAGACCUGGACAAGUGGCUGAGCGAGGACGAUAAUCACGUGGCGGCCAUCCACUGUAAGGCGGGCAAGGGCCGCACGGGCGUCAUGAUCUGCGCCUACCUGCUGCACCGGGGCAAGUUCUACAAGGCCCAGGAGGCACUGGACUUCUACGGGGAGGUCCGGACCAGGGACAAGAAGGGAGUGACGAUCCCCAGCCAGCGGCGGUAUGUCCACUACUACAACUACCUGCUCAAGAACAACCUGGACUACAAGCCCGUGGCCCUGCUCUUCCACAAAAUGGUGUUCGAGACGGUGCCCAUGUUCAGCGGAGGCAACUGCAAUCCCCAGUUCGUGGUGUACCAGCUGAAGGUGAAGAUCCACACCUCCAACCCCAUGCACACGCGGCGCGAGGACAAGUACAUGAUCUUCGAGUUCCCCCAGCCGCUGCCCGUCUGCGGGGACAUCAAGGUGGAGUUCUUCCACAAGCAGAAUAAGAUGAUGAAGAAGGAGAAGAUGUUCCACUUCUGGGUGAAUAUGUUCUUCAUCCCCGGGCCGUCCCUGGAGGAGAACUGCGACAAGCUGGUGGAGAACGGCGGGAGCCUCGUGAAGGAGCUGGACGGCCUGCAGCAGUCGCUACCGCCACUACCGCCACCGCUGCCACCGUCGGAGAGAACGCUGGAGAACGACAGGGAUUACCUCAUCUUGCCGCUGACCAAGAACGACCUUGACAAGGCCAACAAGGACAAGGCCAACCGAUACUUCUCCCCGAACUUCAAGGUGAAGCUGUACUUCACAAAGACGGUGGAAGAGUCGUCCAACUCCGAGGCCAGCACCUCAACGUCGGUCACACCGGACGUUAGUGACAAUGAGCCCGACCAUUACCGCUACUCGGACACCACGGACUCUGACGCCGAUAACGAACCGUUCGACGAGGAGCAGCAGAUAACGAAAGUCUGAGGAAAAAACAAAUAUUUUUUAUGUGGGGAAAAUAACCGAAAAAUGACAAAAAAAAAUACAAACAUACAAAGAGACAUACACAAACACAAAACAAACCUGAACGUUUGAAAAAAAGGAGAAAACUUGAAUAUGAACUGAAAAAAGCAAGUACCUUUUUAUUUUUAUUUUUUUUCCCCUUUUCCAGACUGAGGUAGUUUGUCACAAAGGAAAAAAAAUGGCCACUGGUUUGUAGGGACA